CUGCUGCCACCUGGGCUCAGGAUGCACCACGGGAAAAGCACUUCAUUUCCUUCCCUCUCCUCCUGCAAGGACAGGAGCAACAAGGUGCUACCUCUUACUUAAGCCAUCUGAUUUUUCUCCAUGGCUCAGCUUUCACAUUAUAGAGGGACAAGGUGGAGUCUUGUACUUCUGUGUAAAGAUGUACAAAAAAGUUUGCUGGCAUUUGCCCACCAUGAGGAAUAAGGCCUUGCACUCCAAAAAUAAAAAAGUAAAGAAAAAUCCAAAGUGAAGGAUCCUGGAGGAGCCCCUUGAGAGCUAAAAACCACCCUCCCCUGAUGUGAAAGACUCAUCAUUUACGCUGCUUCUAGUGGGUCAGUGAAAAUGAACGUGUUGCCUCAAGCAGUCCUCCAAAGCCCAGGGGAGCAUCCCAAGUUCAUAGAGCAGCCUCUUUGCCCCCCAUUAGAGUUUGCAAGGAUUCAUUUGAUCAAAGACAAAGAUGCCAUAGAUGAUUAUUUGGCGAAGAAUAUCAAAGGGGUGUCAACACAAGAAGCUGCUGCUUACAGGAAUUCAUACAAGAAGAACAUCUGCAUAGACAUGCUGCGCCGGGGUUAUCACAAGUCCUUCUCUGAGCUCCUCACUCUGAUCCAGAAGUGGAAUGCCUUCAGGGAGGCUGCAGGGCCUGGGUCAGCCAUAUGGCAUGAGAAGUCCCUGGAGGAGCAGCCUGAUAAGCUGGAUCAGCUUUACCACUUCCUGACCGGGGCUGAGGCAGCCCGGCGAGCAGGGCACUAUGAGAAGGUGUAUGAUAACCAGCUUAGCUUGGCCUGCUUUUUCAAUGACCCUGAGGACAAAUGGUUAAGUAACUACUUUUAUGAGCAAAGCUAUAACACUGCUCAAUUAGUAGAAAUUGAUGGUGGGAAGAGAAAGGCACAAGCAUAUGUAAACAUGGGCAUCAUCGAAGAGGAAGAAGGUCAUGUCACGAAAGCUGCGGAGUAUUUUGAAACAUUUUAUGAGCUAACAGAGGGCACAUCAUGGACGGAUGAGACAGGCCGCACUUACACUUCACUGGCAUGUCAGCAUCUCUGGAGAAUUUAUACGUUGCUAGCAGACAAAAUGCUGGAAAAUAAACAACACCAAGAGGCCAUCAAAAUGCUAAUAAAAGCUUUAAAGAUGGCAAAAGAAGGAGGUGAUAUAAAGAUGCAUGGAGAAGCAGCCUAUUGCUUAAGUCUAGCAUAUCAUCUUUCUGGAGAACAUGAGACAGCAUUAGCAGUUUUGAACACCUCUGUAGAAAUCUUCACAACCCUUUGUGAUUCUGCUGGCCUGGGCAGAGCAUAUGCAGCUGUAGCCGAGAUCCUGGCAAGUCAGGGAAAAUCAAAUGAGGCUGUGAAGUACUUGGGAGAGUUUAUGAAGGAUGCUGAGAGCGCUAAUCUAAGCCAAAGCCUGGUGGAUGCAAAUGUCCUGCUUGGAAAAGUUCACAAUGAAAGAGGGAACUAUAACGAAGCUCUGGAAUAUUUCAGUCAGGCCUCUGAGGCAGCGAAAGCUUUGAACAAUUUGCCCUUGGUGGCUGAAACAGAGAGUUACUGUGGCAUCGCCAAGGCUCAUCAGCUGAUGGUGCCGUUCAACAGCCACGUAGCAGCAGCAGCCGAUCCCCUCAGCCUGCAGUGCCUGCUGGCAUGGAAGCAAAACAGAAGUGACAUGUGCACUGACCCUCUUCCAGCCGAACAUCAUCAUCCAGACACUUCCCUACAUCUCCUCAGGCAGAGAGGAUGCUGUCAUGCCUGGAGUGUCUUAGAAGAUGUAAAGCUAAAGUCAGAACCUGGUGAAGGAGCAAGUGCCUCAAAGCCUCUGUGAGCCUCUGUUCAAGACAUCAAUUCAAGAUCUUCCUGAGGAUGCCUGCUUAUUAACAGAGAAGCUGAAGUAUAAUGAGUACAAGAAGAUCCUUGAAGAGUGGUGCAACAAAGUAGGAAUUUCAGCAAAGGUUUUGGCAUUAAAUUUUUUUUUAUCAUAAGUAUCUGUCAUUUAAAUAUUUUUUUAAAUGACAAAGAGUAGUAGAAGAGAAAGUUUUUACUUUGUGCCCCCAUUUCUUAAUGUCUUCCAAAGUGUCAAGAUCCUCCUGUUAAGAUAUUAAACAUGAAUUGGAAUCCAAGAUGCUCAGUGCCUUGUAAGAUCAGGCUCCAAAUGUGUCUGGAGAGUUUUCUGUAAAUCCCAGAUUGUGGUCCCUCUCAGAAAAAACUUAUUCAUAAAGCUGCCAGUGGUUUUAGCAUGUUUGCAAUGGUUGGGGUUCAGCUGUAACUGAAACAGAAUAGCUCCAGCCUGGGUGGGACACUGUGGUGCAAUUUGCAAUUUUGAUCCAAUCUAUAUCACAGGUUGGACUCAAAACACAACCAGGUUUGUUUAAAAUCCAUCUGGAUGCAAUCCAGUGCCAUGUGCUGUGGCAUAACCCUGCCUGGAGGUGGGACCAGAGGUGGUCCCCUCCCUGACCCAUUCUGUGACUCUGUACUUCACACCAUCAGGUAAACUAAAAUUCUGCUUAGGUUCUUUCUGGUAAAUGAUCUGAAGCACUGAUUUUGGAGUCUGUGUAAAACAUUGUGCCCCAUUUUGAGCUGAUGAAACUCCUGACAGUGGGUUUCCCACAUGACCCACUGACAUCUGUGGUCUUCACAGUUCUCAGAGAACUCCGAGUCCUCAGAGCCUGCUGCUAUUGCUGUUGGCAUUAGGAAGAGUUAGAGAAGAUGGAAGUUAUCACUUUGCAAAAUACACACAAAACCAGGAUUUGGAACCUUUGAAUUUUAUUUAGGAAAAUUGAUGAUUCAUAAUUUCACAUAUUAGAAAACCCCUGCUUUCAAACUAAACAAAAAAAGCUUUAUCACUCCCAAUAGCCAACCAUUCCUUUUUUUAAAUGGAGGUUUCCACACUCAGAGUUUGUAGCAAGGUCCAUUAGACCUAUAAUCAGGUUUUAUGAUGGUGUUUGAGCAAGCAUUAGCUUCUGCCAUAGUAAUAACUCAAGUCACAGUUUUCUUCAGGAUUGUACUCCGAGUAUUUGGUUGACAUGUGACAACAGGGUUUCUCCUGUUUCCCUGUUAAAGAAUAGUAAAAAUGUAUCAUUAACCAGCUCUUAUUAGACUAUUUUUGAUCCAAAAUGCUGUAUACAUGCAAUUUAAAUACAAAUAGCUCAAUAAUUUUAUUCUUUUGUUUAUAUGUCUUUAUUGUCUGAGCACCAUGCUUAUUAUAACAAUGUUAAUUUAGAAGUCUUUUGCAAGGCUGAAAAGUUGUAUAGAAAUAUUCCCACGUGCAAUUAUGCACACACAAAGCAACAAAUCUCUUUGCUGAGUGUUAAAAUGAGGUAAACAUUUUAUGGAAACCAGAAAGAGAAACAGGACUACGAGUUAAACAUAAACAUCUGUAUUGUUUACCCCUUAAUUUGCCCUCCUAUAUUUUAAUAGUAUUGAUACGAAAUAAGAAAACCAUUCUAAAAUCAGCACAAUUUUUCAAAUAAUAUCUUAAAAUCCUGUUAAUCUACAAGCUCUUCUAAUCUUUGUAAAUAUAGCAUGACUGCUAAUUUUAGAUAUUUGGAAUUUCUUUUAUCAAAAUAUUGUCAAAAGAAAUUACAUAAUUGAAUUUGGCCUUCAUAAUAAAAAAAAUUACAUAAAAUAACAUAAACCAUGCCAAGAUUCUAGAAAAGACAAUUAUUAAUUUAUCAAAGGCAAGUUUCUAAAUUCCUAAUGGCUUUUAACCCCAUGUACAUUUCUGCAGGAACUGAACAUUCUGGUUUUGUGUCUCAAAAGUUAUUGUGUAGUUAUGUUAAACAGCAUCCAUGAUUUUCACUAUUUUUUGCCAAUCUGUAGUCGUUACUGCAUGAUAACUCUGGUAUGCUUGUGAAAAAUGGUCAGGAAUUAAUCCCCUAGAGCAUUAACUCUCCCAUACUUUUUAACACUUUUUCAUCAUGCAGCUUUUAAUAAAAAUAAGGGGAAAUCUAUCA